CAGACCUGCUGCGGGAUGUGGCUGACCAGCUUGAGAACUCUGUCUCACCAUCAUGUCCGACAUGAUGGCCUCCUUGGAAGACUUUGAGGUCACCAUCCACACCUCACCUGGUCACACCUGUGGAACCUUCAGCCGCCUGUGGCUCAACCUGAUUGGCUCUCAGGGGGAGACUCCGCCCAUCAGUGUGAGCGAGGGCGACCAUCAUCUCCUGCCCGGGUCGUCGUGUCCGGUUCGGGUCCGAGCCGACGGUCCUUUUGGUCGUCUGGUUCUGGUUCGACUUCGUCUGGAGGCUCAGACCGGAUUCCCCGACCUGGACUGGCACUGCAGCCGGGUGGAGGUCCGCAAGCUGGCAGACAGUCAGGAGGAGGGGCGAGGUGGGACGGGGGCGGAGCCUGAGAGGGAUACACAGGUACAGGUGUUCCCGUGUGACCGGUGGCUGCGACCAGCAGAGGGCGACGUGGAGCUGAGGAGUGGAAAGUUGUGUUUGCUGAAGGACGAGACAGAAGAGAAGCUGAAGCAGCAGCGACUCAAACAGCUGCAGCUUCAGCAGAAGCUCAUCAGAUGGCGUAGUUUCGUCGAUGGCGCUCCUCAAUGUGUCGACCUCAACAGUCUGUCUGAACUCGGGCCGAACCUCAGCUACACACACAAGAGUUCAGCCGCUAACCUGCACUACCUGAAAGGCUUCUCCGGCCGACUGGAGGCCUGGUCCAGUUUCACAGAGCUGGAGACGGUUUUCGCCCACAUCGGACACCAGAACAACACCGCCAGGUUCGUUAAGGCUCACUGGAUGGAGGAUUGGUAUUUUGGCUACCAGUGUCUGAACGGCUGUAACCCGCUGAUGCUGCGUCAGACCCGCCUCCUCCCUCCAAACCUGUCCGUCACCUCUAACACGCUCCGCCCCUUCCUGCCCGGAGGUUCCUCCCUCGAGCAGGAGCUAGAGAGGGGGAACAUUUACCUGCUGGACUACGAGGUUUUGGACGGCGUCCCGGCCAACGUGAUCAACGGAAAGCAGACGUACCUGUCCGCCCCGCUGUGCCUUCUCCACCUGAACCGACAGGGACAGCUGGUCCCCAUCGCCAUCCAGCUGCAGCAGACUCCCGGCCCUCAGAACCCGGUCUUCCUGCCCUCCGACCCCGGCUGCGAUUGGCUGCUGGCUAAGAUUUGGGUUCACAGCACAGACUUCCAGUGUCACCAGUUGGCCUCCCACUACCUGAGGACUCACAUGCUGGCAGAGCUGUGCUGCGUGGCCACGCUGCGACAGCUUCCAGAGCCGCACCCGCUGCACCAGUUGCUGAUGCCUCACGUCAGGACGUCACUACAGAUCAACUUCCAGGCCCGGAUGACGCUGCUGGCUGCUAACGGGGUGUUCGAUAAGGCGUCGGGUUGUGGUCUGGAGGCGCUACCUGUCCUCCUGUCCCGGGCCUCAGAGAGGAUCCGUUAUGAGUCUCUGUGUGUCCCUGACGACCUGAGGCACCGCGGCGUGGACAAACUGCCUCGGAGCUACUACGCCCAGGACGCCCUGAGAGUCUGGGACGCCCUGCACAGGUUCGUGGUCAGCUGGGUGGAUCUCUAUUACAGUGGAGACGAUGAGGUGCAGCAGGACACUGAGCUUCAUCUCUGGAUCGCCGACAUCAACGCUCACAGCUUCAACCACAGCUCAGGUUUCCCUCCGUCCCUUCAAACCAGAGCACAAGUGUCCACGUUCGUCACCAUGAUCAUCUUCUCCUGUUCGGCUCUACACGCUGCUGUCAACUUCUCCCAGCUGGACUUCGCUCUCUGGAUGCCAAACUGUCCGGCCUCCAUGUUCCGUCCUCCUCCGCAGGUCAAAGGCUCGCUGACGGAGGACGACAUCAUGUCCUUCCUGCCGGAUGUGAACUCAACAUGUCGCAUCCAGUCGGCGCUGACUCUGCUGUCGCAGCCCGCCGUCGACUUUGUUCCUCUGUGUCACUACAAGGAGGCGGUUUUCAGAGACGACGCCCACCGCCGGCUGGUGGAGGCGGUGCAGGCUGACCUCAGGGCCAUUUCUGAUGACAUCACGGAGCGCAACCGCCAACUGGAACUGCCGUAUUCGUACCUCUGUCCUGGACGCAUCGAUAACAGCGUCGCCAUUUAAAUCUGCUUCUUCUUCAUCAGCCAACAAUUGUGAUUUUGUCUAAAGAACAGCUGGAUGUGAUUAUCAGAUAUAUUCCUGAUCAAUGAGGUUCAUUUUGUACCUCAUUUACUCCAUAAGACCAGUUUGCUUUUUAACAUUUUACUUCUUUGUUGAUACUUUUAUGUUGUGAUAUACACCCACAAGUUAGCAAUCAGCUGUUAAAUUGCUGUUCUUCUACUUUCCUUCAAUAACUACUUCACAAUCAGACAGUGUGUUUUGGAGAUAAAGUAAAAUAUUGUGGUAUCGUGUGCACAAAAAUGUUAUUUUCAUCAGAUAAUGUAUUCUGGCUCAUUGACACGUUUAUCAAAUCAAAAUAAACACCGUAAUUUCACACAUUCAUCUGCAUUCAGAUGAACAGAGCGGGACUUUAAACUUUAUUACAUUUGAGCGUGUUUUACGUAUGUUUAUUUCUUACAGGCAGAAUAUUUGUUUGUUGUGUGUUUAUUUGCAUUUGCUCAAAAGUCUGAAUUCAACAACGGUACUGAAAACUACAGUAAAAUGACCAAAAAUGGUUGAUUUAAUCAAAUCGGUCAUAAGGCUCGAAAACGUGACUGAAUGACAUGUCAACGCACUUCCAUCAAAUGUUGAAAUAAUAAAGAGUCUCAAUUAAA